AUGAAGCCUAUGAAAGGGACGGUGCGCAAGUCGGAUGCUGUGUCGACACUGAAGCAAGCCGAGGAGAUCUUGCAUGUCCCAAAGGAGGAGGCGGAGAAUCUGAUGAUUGUUGACCUCGUUCGUCAUGAUUUGCAUAGCAUCUGCGGUCCUGGCAAUGUCGCCGUGCCGGAGCUGAUGAAAGUCGAGGAAUAUCAAAGUGUGUUUCAAAUGAUCACGGUUGUCGAGGGACAGCUGCCGAGGCCGGCAAGCAACGAGCAUAAAAGGUACACCGGACUGGAUGUCCUUGCAGCAAGCCUGCCACCCGGCAGUAUGACGGGUGCGCCAAAGAAGCGCAGCUGUGAGAUUCUUCAGGAGAUUGAGCAGCACAAGGAGCGAAGCCUGUACUCGGGAGUAGUUGGCUACAUGUGCGUCUCGGGCAGAGGAGAUUGGAGCGUCACUAUCCGGAGCAUGUUCCGCUGGGACGAUGAGCGAGCUGCGGACGCCGAGGGAGAAGAUCAAGAGGUCUGGCAUAUUGGCGCUGGUGGAGCUGUUACAAUUCUCAGCACAGCUGAUGGCGAGCGUGAGGAGAUGCUCACAAAGCUUGCCGGCCCAUUGGGACUUUUUACGGAAAGGGAUGAAUGA